GAAUAUACUACAUAUGCAAAAAUAGUUUACUUCCUGUUAAAUUACGCAUGCGUGGAGAGGAAAAAUUUACGCGAAAAUAUGCUGGAGAUCCUUGGCGCUAAAAUCAAAGAUGGGUAAAAACAAGGCUGGAAAAAAAUCUACACUGGAGUCAUCUAAGGAAAAUUUAUUUACAAAUCCAAGCAAAAAGCGUCGAGUGGAAUGUGGAAUCCACUGUCGGAAGCGUACUACCUGGGCAGUGGACAGCUGCAACACAGAGCAGAUCUACCAGGAGAUGGGGGUGGAGCUGCUGUCUGACAGCAGCCAUGAAAGUACUUCAAGUAACGCUGAAAAUACACCAACAGUGUGUGGCUGUUCUCCAGGAAACACACCACUCCAAGUACCACAAGCUCCACGAGUACUGCUGCCUAGUCAGAGGGGCAACUUCUCCCCAAGUAGUGAUGACUGUGAUAGUAUGUUGACACCUAAACGAAGUGUCCGAAGAUUCCUGGGGCCUAAAUACCACAACGACAUAGAUGGACUAGAUCAUUUCAACAGCAUGUAUGAUGAAGCCAUCUUGAAGGUAUUCCAGUGGUUGCCCAAGUUUGUGUUGGCAUCAUGUGCUCGAGUGUGCUCACGCUGGAACAGGCUUGUUAUGGACGAGUCUCUGUGGAAACGUAUAGAUCUGUCCAACAAAGCACUGGGGCCCGGAACGCUGGGCAAUGUCAUCAAUAGAGGAGUACGCAUCCUCCGCUUGGCUAAAGCAGAGAUUGAGAAUCCAUUAUUUACAGGUCCUACCAAAGAAAUCAAAGCUUCAAGUAUGUACCGAGUCCAGUAUUUAGACCUGAGCAUGGCAGCCAUCUGUGUCGACACCCUGGAACAGUUGUUUUCCGUGUGUUCAGAUCUCAAGAAAAUCAGCUUGGAGAAUGCUGAGCUCAGUGAUAAUAUAUGCAGCUACAUAGGAGAGAACAAGGACCUGGAGGCCUUGAACUUGUGUAUGUGUCGAGGAAUCACCGCUAAUGGUCUGGUACCCAUCAUGUCAAACUGUCGGAGACUUGACUCCAUCAAUCUGGCCUGGACAUCCCUAGAUCGUAACAAUGUUAUGUACGUGACGCUCUGCCUGCCGGACAGUGUACGCAAACUCAACAUCAGUGGCUGCAGGGACAACAUCACUGAUGAAGAUGUGUUGCAGCUGUGUCGUGCAUGUCCCUACCUGAACGAGCUGGACUUGAGUGACUCCACCAGCAUCACCUGCUCCUCCGUGCACCACAUCGCCGACCACCUGACAGAGUUGGAGCACCUGGCCCUCAGCAGAUGCUACCACAUCGCCUCCACCACAUUCCCUGUUCUUGACAAGAUCAGCAACCUGCUGGCACUGGAUCUGUUUGGGAUGUUCCGAGAGGAUGCGCUGCAGGUUGUGCGUCGCAGCAUGCGCCACAUAGAGAUCAACAAGUUCCCCUUCUCCAGCAUCGCCAGGCCCACCACCGGCAUCAGGCGCACCAGCAUCUGGGGCAUCCGGGUCCGCGACAACAAAGUCUGAUGAAGAUCCACACUAGGCAGCCUUUUUUAUAUAUCUAGGACCAAACAAUACAUUCACUUUCUUGCAACUGUAUCUCUCAACAUUUCAUCCAAUAGAGGAAACAGAUUAUUAUUUGUAGAAUCUUUCCCCUGGCUAACAUUUUGUACCUUGAACUGUCAACUAGUGGUUUAAGAUGUUUCUGGACACAUUUGUCCAUCCUCCUUCUAUACAUAUUAAGAACAUGUAUGGAUAAAUCUCAGAAAGAUGCAUCAAAAUCUAUGUUUUUUAUUUGAACUGAUUGUCAUUAGUCAUGCUGUCACUACAGGUUACUGGUAACAGUGUUUGAAAUAAUUUUAAAACCCAUCAAGACAGCGGGGCAGGUGACCCAUAAGUGUUGCCUGCCCAUCUUCAACGUUACCUGCCCACAUUGAAGCUUUAUGAAUAUUGAAAAAUUGCAAAAACUAGGAGACAAAUCACAUCUUGAUUUGUUGAAAUAAUGCAAACAAUUACUUGAGAAUCUACAAGGAUUAACAAUAAAACUGAUGACAUAAGUACAGUAGAACACGGAUAUAACGAACACGGAUAGAGCGAUCAAACGGAUACAACAAACUGUUAAAAAAUCACCGAUUUAUCUCCUAUAUGAUAUAUAAAAUUAUAUAUAACGAACUCUCUACAGCGAACUAACGGAUACAGGGAACUGAUAUCUGAUCACCAACAAACCCAUCUAUCACUAACUUGUGAUGUGUAUAGCGAACUGAGAAAUCUCACUCAAAGUGACGGAUCAACCUUGUUAAAUUUGCAUUGUGUUAAUCUUACCUGUACAUGUAAUCUUGUCUGUAAAACAAACAUUAAACAUAUAAAUUUUACGAGAUUGUGUCCAAGUGUCGGUUCACUUGCAUAUUAUCCAAGAUGGCGGACAUUUCUGAGCGAAAACUAUAUAACGAACAACGGAUAUUACGAACUGAUUUCUCUGGUCCCUUGUAGUUCGUUAUAUCCGUGUUCUACUGUAGUCUUAAGAUUAUCUGGGGGAUAGUCAGGCAGGUGGAGGCAAAUUUCAUGCAGCCCGGCAGAAACGUGACCAGCUAUGGGCAGGCAGUUAUUUCGGACACUGACUGGUAACAGAGAGCAUGUAUGCAAGCAUCUGAAUGUGUAUUGUACUUUGGUCCUUGACAAGAUUUUAUAUCAUCUGUGAUUACUUCAAUACGGUGGAGCAUAUCUCCAUGUUGUGUGGUGAUUCAUUGUUAAACAGGAGUCAUUUCUCCUAAUAAUGUUAUUGUUAAUUUACAUAGUUACAAGAAGUGAAUACACUAGUAACAAGGAAGCUGAAAGUAUGGUACGGUGACUACAUUCGUAUCAGCUGUUGUUUAGUAUCUCAGGUAUAUUUUUUUUCGCGAUGGAGGUCUGUGCCCUGUACGUCUCACCUUAAUGAUGGAAUGUUACUGUUUGAGGGAUACAUGGCAUUUUACAGACGGUAUCUCGAAACAAACCGAAGAAUGUAGAUAGUAGUCAUGGAUUGUAGCGGUCUAGAAAUACCAUGUUGAUAUUCAUGAUUUAAAUUGCUUUGAAGGAGGAACUACAGCAGAAUCUAUUGACAUCAAUGAGCCAAAACAUACAUAAUACAUACUCAGGGAUAAGGUCGCAGUAUUUUGCCACACAUACAUGUCAUCACUGGAAUCUGAAUAAUAAAUAGGGUGAAAGUGCGACUGAAAAAAAUUAUUUCAGAAGUUCCCAUUUCAGGGAUGCUAUUCCAAAAUAUUUGCCUAUUUUGUAAAAUCAACUUCGGGAAAUUUCCCCAGUCUGUUUCUCUUUAUACAAUAUUACUGAACAUGGGAUUAUUGAAUGAUUAAUCAUUGUCUCAUACAGGAUUUCCUCUUGCUUUUAAAAUCCAGGCUCCCAAACAGUUAUGUUUGAUACUUUGGUAAUUUGGCAGCAGAUGAAUAAUUCAUACUUUUAAUUGUUACUUUUUACAAAGCCUCUUUCCAUUAAUGUCUUUAGAUAUGACAGAUUUCUUUUUAAUCAAAAAUGUAUAUACAACCAUAUUUCUGCUGUGCCAUGGUUAUUCAGUAGAGUUAGAUUCAAUAACCCAGAUGAUCUCACCUCUGUAUAGCUAACACAGUCUAUUAUCCAUUGUCUUCACAUGGUCAUUGUCGGUCACAGUAUUUAAGGCAUGUUGUCCCCAUUGCUCAAAUUUACAAGUUCUAUUGAUAUUAACAAAUAUUAAAUAUGCAGCCCAUUCUGAUCAUCACAACACUGAAAGGUCCUGAGGAUAUUGUCUAUAUAUGCUGGGUCCAGGAUAUGGGGGAAUCGCAUAUUUUCUACCUACAGAAUUAUUCGUAGUUAUGUCCAGUAAACUGAUAGCAGUUUUAAUUUGUAUAUUCUUGUCCUGGUCAUGAUAUGUACCCAUAAAAUACAUUCACUAGUUUGCUGGUCUGGGUAUAUAUUUCAAACCCUGAUGUAUAACUUCAAUGAUUUUAACCUCUGUUGUAUAGCCAUUGGCAUCUAGAAUCGUACAGCUAGAAUCCAACUAGAUGCAGUCUAAGGCACCUCAAUUAGCUGUGCAGAGUUGCGUUCCUUGGGUAUGCCAUAAACGUAUGAUUGUGGGUUUGAUUCCCAGUUUUUCCUGAUUAUAUUCCUAGGUUUGUCAGCACCAUCCCUGUGAUCAUGGUUUUCACUGAAGUGGUAAACGUCUAAGACCUGCAUCACUUCGGGCUUUUCUCCCACAUCAAGCUGACACGCUGUGAUGUAACUGGAAUACUGUUAAAAUUGGCGGUAAACCCAAUUCGCUCAUUAGAUGCAGUUAGUAUUAGUAUAAUCAACAUGUAGACUGUAGACUUUAGCAUGUAUAUCAGGACAAAGCUUACACCCUUAUAUGCUGGGCUGUUUACUGGGUAUGUAUGAGUGUGAGGAGUUAUCAGAGUAUUCUAGCUCUCCAUAUGGAGCUAAUGCAACAUGCAAUGGUCAGUAUUUAUUUUGGGGCACGGGUGGCCCAGUCGUCUAUGGCGCCGCGAUUCGCUGUGCAGAGUUGCGUCCCUUGGGCACGCUAGAAACCUAUGAUUGUGGGUUCAAAUCCCGGUUCACCCCAAUUAUG